UUUUUAGGUUAGGUCAUCUAAAUAGGUAGUUCUAUAAAUACCUAAUAUUUCUGGAGUAUGGAUUUCAAUAGGUAAAAGUUAAAAUUUUGUGGAUAUUAACAGUUUAAAAUGGCUCUUCUUGGAGCACAGCUAGUCAUAACUCUUAUUAUGAUAAGUAUUAUACAAAAACUAGGACCCCAUUAUUCUUUAGCUAGAUGGCUGUUAUGUUCUACAGGGCUUAUUAGGUACUUGUACCCCACAGACAAUGAAUUACGUCAAUUAGCUAAUAUCCCAAAAGAAAAAUCGAAAACUAAGAAAAGCAAUAAACUACAAUCUAAUGGAAAGAAUAAUGUAGAGACAUUUCAUUUUCCAAGAUCAUUAGAUGUAAAAUUGGAGACUGCCAAAGUAACAAAUUUGGAUAUAAUUCAUUUACGGUUUUAUUUGGAAUAUCAAUGGCUGGUAGAUUUUUCCAUUUAUGCUGCAAUUGUAUAUACAGCAACAGAGGUUUACCAGAUGUGGUUUCCUUUAAAAGAUGAAGUCAAUCUCAGUAUGAUAUGGUGCUUUCUUGUAAUAUUAUUUGCAUUAAAACUUUUAUUUGGCUUGACAAUACAGUAUUUUCAAGGAGAAGAAUCUGUGGGUGAAAGAUCCACGUGCAUUGUUAUGGGAUUUUUAUAUCUAGUUAUCUCUAUGAUAGUACUAAUCAUUGAUGAAAAUGUUCUUGAAAUUGGUUUAGAAAAUGCCUAUAAUAGCUUUAAUGAAAGUGCUUCUGCUUUUUUAGCAAAACAAGAACUAUCUUCAGUGGGCCCUGCAUCCAAAAUAGUACUAAAAUUUUUUAUAGCAGUAUGGUGUGGCAUAUUAGGAGCUUUGUUCACUUUUCCUGGACUGAGGAUAGCCCGAAUGCAUUGGGACCUUCUGAAAUAUUUUAAAGAGGAUAAAGUAAAACAGAUUUUACUAAAUCUAGCAUUCGCGUUACCUUUUAUCUUAGUAAUUCUGUGGAUAAAACCAGUUUCAAGGAAUUAUCUAACAGAGAGAAUAUUUGCUGGAAAAACUGCACCAUUAUUGGCAGAGUCAUCAUUUGAUUCCUUACGAGUGAUAGCAAUCGUGGCAACUAUGUGUCUCAAAAUAAUCUUGAUGCCGUGGUACCUGCAGGCGUAUUUAGAUAUGGCAUAUCACAGAGUUGAGGACCAAAAGAAAGAAGCAGGUCGGAUAACUAAUAUUGAAUUUCAAAAGAAGAUAGCAGCCGUCUUCUAUUACCUCUGCGCCGUGACACUGCAGUAUGUAGCACCGAUUAUUAUAUGUAUCUAUUUAUCAUUGAUGUAUAAAACUUUGGGAGGGUACACGUGGAGUGGUUCAAUAAACGAUGCUAAUUUGGACGAAUGUCCAAUGAAUAGUGAAAAUAAUCAACCUAGUAUAGACCCCUUUCAAACAUCAGAUGAUGCGGGAACAAUUACAAAGACAGCAGCAGAUUUUCAUCUUACCCUGGAAAAUUUGAAAAUGGUUUUUACAACCAGCGUUUAUAGAGGGUUAUUUGGAUUUUCUACUUGGUGGUGUUGUUUUGUGUAUUUUGCUGCAACUUCAGUAGGACUUAUUUAUCAGUCGUACUUUUCAACUGUGUAAUUUAUUUUACCUAUUUGAUUCUAUUAAAGCUGUUUCUUUUUUUAUUAAAUGUUAAAUU